UGUCAUGGUUACCUCUCUGACAAAACAAAUGGCUGCACUUAACGAUGGGCACCCAAACAACUCGCCCAAAGCCGGCGCUCAUCAGCCGGCUGCCAGCGGAGCCGGGGCUCUGCCACGUGAAGCAGGAGCCUUGUCGGCAGCUCCCCGUAGCCGGCUUUCGCAGACAGACACAUGUUGCCGCAGCUUGCUAGAGACCAAAGGAGUGUGAAGCUUUGCCUGCCGCCGCCGGGAUCGCUCCGGCUCUCUGGCGCCGGAGCGGGCAGCGCAGCCUUCGGCCAAGUUUGCUGCAGGUCCUGACACUUGAGCCACCCAUAGACUCUAAGCAAGAUGCCUGGACUUAUCAACCGGACAAACAGCUGCCCGCUCCCGCUCACAGCCUCCGAGGUCACCUCAUGCGUCAGUGGCUAUGCCUUUGGGAUGACAGCCUCUCUGACCUAUGGCAACCCAGAGGCCCAUCCUUUUGAAGGUCUCUUUGUGUACCCACUGGAUGAGUACACCACGGUGGUUGGGUUUGAAGCUGUUGUGUCCAGACGUGCUGUGACAGUGCAGAUCAAAGACAAAUCCAAAAUGGACGACUCUUACUUUGACUGCAGCAACGUCUCCAAUGGGAGGACUCCAGAUGGAAGCGGAAGGCUUGUGCUGGAUGAGGACUUGGAGAGGAUCCUUUUUGUGGUUAACCUGGGCAUGAUCCCUCCACUGGAAAGCAUCUCCAUCUUCAUCAGCACCUCCUCGGAGCUUCAGACACUGCCUAGCGGGGCGGUGAGGGUCCUCCUCCCAGCUGUGUGCGUGCCCAGCGUCCCCCAGUCGAGCAUGGAGAACUCUGCCAGCCUCUCUGGACAUCAGCUCCGAGUAGACAGGCAUAACUCUGGAGCUGGGGGCCUGGAUCAAGGGCACAAGCUGUGUCUGGCCCGGCUGCUGGAGAGUGAGGCAUCCAACCCCACCGAGUACGAAUUCAGCUUCCACCUGGAGAUCCGGGGGCCCUGCUUGCUUGCAGGUGUUGAAAGCCCAACGCAUGAGAUCCGGGCAGAUGCCGAUCCCUCUGCCCGCUCUGCCAAGAGCAUCAUGAUCACGCUAGCCAACAGACACACUUUUGACAGACCAGUGGAAAUACUAAUCCAUCCAAGCGAGCCCCAUAUGCCUCAUAUCUUGAUGGAAGAAGGUGACAUGACCCCUGCAGAGUAUGAACAACACCUGAAGGGAAGAAAUGAUUUUAUUAAAGGAACAAAGAAGGACCCCAGUGCAGAAAAGAAGACAGAAAUCAUCAGGAAACGGCUGCACAAGGACCUUCCUCACCACCCCGUGAUUAUGCUGAACUUCUGCCCCAACCUGAGGAACAUCCAGCCAGACCUCAGGAAAGCCCAGGGGGAGUUUAUAUUUCUUGUAGACCGCAGUGGAAGCAUGAGUGGCGUGAGCAUCAAUCGGGUCAAGGACGCCCUGCUGGUCAUUCUCAAGAGCCUGGUGCCAGCAUGUCUCUUCAACGUCAUUGGCUUUGGGUCAACUUUUAAGACCUUAUUUCCUUCCAGUCAAACUUACUGUGAGGAGAGCUUGGCCAUCGCCUGUGAGAGCAUCAAGAAGAUCCGGGCGGAUAUGGGUGGCACCAACAUCUUAUCCCCUUUGAAGUGGGCAAUCCGACAGCCCAUCCAUAGGGGCCACCCUCGCCUUCUCUUCCUGCUGACUGAUGGAGCUGUCAGCAACACAGGGAAGGUCAUUGAGCUGUUGAGGAACCACUCUGCCUCCACCAGAUGCUACAGCUUUGGCAUUGGGCAGAGUGCCUGCAGGAGGCUGGUGCACGGGCUGGCUGCUGUAUCCAAGGGGAAUGCAGAGUUCCUGGUGGAAGGAGAGAGGCUGCAGCCCAAGAUGAUAAAAUCCCUGAAGAAAGCAAUGGGGCCUGUCCUGAGUGAUGUCACUGUGGAGUGGGUCUUUCCUGAAACCACGGAGGUCUUGAUCUCCCCGGUCAGCGCCAGUUGCCUCUUCCCAGGUGACCGGCUGGUUGGAUACGGCAUUGUCUGCGACACAUCUCUGUACACCUCCAACCCCAGAUCUGACAAGAGGCGGCGCUACAGCAUGCUGCGUUCCCAGGAGUCAGGCAGCUCUGUGUUUUUUCACUCCCAGGAGGAGGGACCUGGUGCAGACAGCUGGAGCUAUGCCAAAGACUCAGAGUUGGGGUUCCCUUCUGACCGCACCCCUGAGCUCCUGGUGGUCGGGGGAGAGCCAGGGAGAGAGUCAGACACUGAUACUGGGGUGGACCCCAAAUCCUCACGGCGCAGGGCAUACAGCACUAACCAGAUUGCCGACCGUGAGCCUUUCAAGAAAGUCCCAACAGCCAGCGAUCCCAGUGCAGCCAUGGGGAAGAAUCCACUCCGCAAAGCCCACGUGCAGGAUCUGUGCCAAAUCAGCCCUGAGCCCCAGUCGUGGCAAGCUGAUUUCCAACCGCUAACUGCCAGUCCCUACAUCUCCACUACGCGUAUACGUGGCACGGGCGCCAAGAGGCCGUCUCUGCUGCACCAGAGCUGCAUGUCAUUUUGUCACGACGCAGACUCUUCCCAGCUACAGAACAUGUUUCAGCACAUGGUCCCAGGGAAGGGGCUGGGUUCAGCUGAAAGCAACUCUGCCCUGAGGUCCUCCUCUGACAGCCGAAGCCCUGGAGAUCUGGAGUCUGCCCAGCACCCAUCAUUCACCUUUGAAACAGAGACAUCAUCGGAUUGGGAGCCCCAAGACCUGGAUGUCAGCUCUGCCAGGGGGUCCCUGACCUCCCCCAGGGGCAUCUGCAAGGCAGUGGUGAAAGGCUUAAGGAGUAAUGAACCAGUCCAGUGGGAAAUCACCUUUGAUAUCCGGCCCCUUUUUCGGGACAGAGAGAGGCAAGAGAGCAGUGAAGGGGAUCUGUGGAAUGAGACCUUCCACCACCUGGCGGCCAAGUCCAUCAUCCGGGAUUUUGAGCAGCUUUCCGAGAAGGAAUGUGAAAUCGAGCACGGGUCUGGGAGGCGGUACCAGCUCAAUGCCAUCCAUACCAGCAAGGCAUGUAACAUCAUCAGCAAGUACACAGCAUUCGUCCCAGCGGAUCUUAGUACCAAUGGGUACCUACCAACUGUGGUUGAAUAUACCAAUGCAGGUGCAGCAGCCAAGCAAGGCAGCCAGAGAAGCUCAGGCUUGGGAAGCAGAAGGCACCGAGGCUUUUCCAUUGGACUUGGACGUACCCAGUCAACUUGUGGCCAGGAUGGAGCAGACGAUGGAUUGUCUGGCCUGAAUACGGAAGAGAAUGGCCUGUCGCCCUGCAGUACCCCAUCUUCCUCCGGCUGGGAGCGCUACAGUUUCCCGGAAGCUCCACUGCAGAGUCCAUCUGCUUCCUCCACUCACUCCCAGAAGUCCAUCGAGAGCCUCUUUGCUGCCAGGUUGACCCUUAAUAAAACAAGACUGUUGACUCGUGCGGCCAAAGGUUUCAUGAGUAAAUCUCCAAAUAGGGUGACUGAGCCCAGCUCGGAGAGCGACAAUGAGAACAAAGACUAUCUACCCCUGGUAUCUCUGCAGUUGGCCUGUGGUGCCUUCCUGCUCAACUCAGCGCUCUGCGAUGCAACCAACAUUCCCAUGGAGAAACUGAAGUGGACCUCUCCGUUCUCCUGCCACCGGAUGACUCUCAGCCCCUCUGCUGGCUCUUACAGCACGAGGAAGCCAGACACCCCUGGGGAAGCCAAGAGCCCAGCCUAUGGCCAGCAGCUCCAGGUGCCUGGUGAUGUUCGUAGAGAAGGCUCCUCUGACAGGGACUUCAUCUCUAGUCCCUUGACCAAUGGACAUGGCGAGGGCCAGGAGGAUGGGGGUUGCCCUCGCCACUUCUCAGGUAGCGAGGCUGAGAGCCUCUCCAGGGCUCUGCAAGCUGAGAAUGAACUCUCCCCUCCUGCUAUCACCAUCCACCGCUUCUCCCCUCAGAGCACCCAGCCUCCUCCGGAGCUGCAGAGCGACAGCGGCAGAGGCUCUGAGACAGAUGACUCCGAGCUCCAGGCCCUGCUGUCUGACAUUGAGCUGCAGCAGCGGACUGAGCCAGAGGGGAUGCUUUGGGCCACGGCAGUCGCCCUGGCCUGGCUGGAACACAGCUCGGCCUCCUACUUCAUUGAGUGGGAGCUGGUGGCUGCCAAAGCCAGCAUGUGGCUUAGUGAGCAGGAGUUCCCCCCAGGCUGUGGCCUGGCCACCGUGAAGGCCGCAGCCCGGCAGCUCUUUGUGUUGCUCAGGCACUGGGAUGAGAACCUUGAGUUCAACUUGCUGUGCUACAACCCAAACAAUGUCUAGGAGGGGCAGGGGCAUGGGGGAGAUCCAGGCAGUUGUCUGUGAAGGCACCCAGGGUACAGGGACUAGUCCUUAAAGACACACUGAGCUCUGCUCCAGCAGUGAUGUGCACGUUUAUUAGAACAAGGCUUUGCACUGGCAAACCCAUGACUGAGAUCCAUUCAAAAUCCCACGCUCGGCGAUUCUUCUUCUCACAGCCUAAGCAAGGUCCUGUGCUGCUUCCUGCAGAAGGAUGUUAUUUAGGCCACUGUCUCAGCAGAAAGGAUCAGACAAUUUGGUAACUAGGAAGAGCACGUCUGGUUUUGCUGGGCACUGGGCAGCUUCCCUUUGGUCCCCAGUGCUGCUCCCAGGAAGAGAAUCCCAAAGCAUUGCUCAGCCGUCUGAUCCACCCACCCACUUUUCUCCUGCUUACCGAGCUCCCCUCUGCUCUUCAUGCAGAGCAUUUGCAGCAUGAUUUAUUUAUUGCUCCCCAGAGGCACCUGACAGUGCCCCACUGUCAGUCUUGAAUGCCUUUUAGUGAAGAUUAUCCUAUGUCUCUUGUCUCAGGAUUCAUGCUUAUGCAUCUGCUCCUUCCCAUAGGUCAAGGGCAAUGGAAAUGCAGAUUGUGACUGAGUGUCCAGGUAGCUUAUACUCGAACAGCAGUAGUGUUGUUCCUAUUGGAGAUGGGUGAAAAGCUACCUUCUCCUGGCCCUGGCCAUGGAAUGGCUUCACUGAUCACCAGGGGUGGAUUUGGGCUGAGAUUUUCCACGAAGUCCUCAGGAAUUAAGUGCUCAGAUCCCACUCUAAUUCCAAAUUCCUUGGUGUCCAGGACUGCCCCACAGCUGACAACGUGCCUUAGCAUCACGUGCCCACAGAGCAGGGGCAUUGUGGGGCAGAAUCUGCAGUCAGUAAACUCCCUGGAACGUGCAGAGGAUGGGCUGAAGAAAGCAAGCUCUUUCCCAAGCACUUCUGGCUUAGUGUAGUAGAGACAAGACAGUGUCCUAAGAAGUAAAGUCUUCUCUGGUCUAUCAAAGCCCCCUCCUGUCGGGACACAGCCUACAGUCUCGAGAGAGGCUGUGCAGCAUGUUACAUCCGAUCGAAACCACCUGGCUAAAGGGCCUGCCUUGGAGUUGCACUUCCAACCUGAAGCCAUUUGCCCAGUGGUUUUGACCCUCUUGCACUUUGGUUUCCUGACUCAGAUGGAAAAUAUUCCACUGCCCUGCUGUGCACCUGGCUCUUUGAUGCUCCUGCUAGCCAAACUCCUCUGUCCUGGCCAGAUUGGCAGAGCUCCUUCAUUAUUGGUGUGGCUGCCUUUUCUCCUGUUAGCAUUAUUCCCUGUGCAUAGGUUCUACCUUCUUGUGUCUGCUUGCAAACCUGUCACAUGCCUGUGUGUCACACCUUGCCCCUUGGGUCUCACACUGGCCCUCCAGAUGGGGUGAGCAAACCAUUUAUCUCCCAGUUGGGUUGGAUGCCUGGCAAGCCCCUUGGAUUCCCUCCCCCUCCCUCCGGCACUGCUGCUGAACUUGUUCCCAUCCUCUCUGUGCUGUGUUUUGACUGGAAUGCCAUAGCGCUUGUGACAGGCACUAUCCGUGGGUACCUGUAUCCACUCUGCUUAAUGCAAAGUGACAACUGAUAGCAAAUUGUAUUGACAGACCUUCAGUGAGUGUAAUUGCUCGGCAGAAACCAUCCUGAAUCAGUUAUUCAUAGUGGAAGGCAACUGUAAUCCUCAGACUCCAGUGCUCAGCAAAGUCACCAGAACCAUCCCUGUUAUCUCCAGCUAACGCCAGGAACAUGCUGUGGGUGACAAUUGUCAAAAACAUGUUAAUUCAACUAAAUACACCACAGCCAAUUAGUUCAUAAUAGAGUGAUUAUUAAAGACUCGGUAAGGACCAGAUUCAGCCUGUUGCAGUCCAGAAUAUGACCCUUCCAUGACAAACCUCACAGUACAACUGGCUUGUUCUGAUCAACGUGCACAUAACUGUACCUGUCUCAUUAAUGGGGACAGUGCAGGCCUCAUUAUGGCCUGCGGCUGAAGGGUGACUGCAUCUGAACCGUCACCCCAGGAUGCGGGGGAUGCUGUCACCUCAGGGAGGUUUGUACAACCAAGCUCGUGGCCGUGAAUCAAGAAAACCUCCCUAUUCACUUCAGCACCCAUGUAGAGCCCAUUAAAACAAGUGAAAAUUUAGCACAUGCUUUAAGGCUUCCCUGAAUUGGGGCCAGGUUUCAUUGUGCCUGAAAAGAUGGGUGGGUGAGUUGGGAGGCCAUCGAUGGGUAGGUGAGUUGGGAGGCCAUCUAUGGGUGGGUGAGUUGGGAGGCUAUCGAUGGUUGGGUGAGUUGGAAGGCUGUCGAUGGUUGGGAGGCGGUCGAUGGUUGGGUGAGUUGGAAGACUGUCGAUGGUUGGGAGGCGGUCGAUGGUUGGGUGAGUUGGAAGGUUAUUGAUGGUUGGGUGAGUUGGAAAGCUAUCAAUGGUUGGGCGAGUUGGGAGGCCAUCGAUGGUUGGGCGAGUUGGAAGGUUAUCGAUGGUUGGGUGAGUUGGGAGGCCAUUGAUGGUUGGGUGAGUUGGGAGGCUAUCGAUGGUUGGGUAAGUUGGAAGAUGUGAGAUUGUGUGAAAGGGAGUGAAAGAGGUCAGGUUCACAUGUGAGAAAUGGAGCUGAUCGUGAUGCUUUCAACCAAAAACAAUUUCUGUCAGAAACUAUGAUUCCGUUGAAGUUGAUCUUUGCAAAGGGAUAGAGGGCAAAGGCAAUGUUUUCAGUGAUUUUUGCUUUACUUUAAUUUUUCUGACAAGAGAACUCUAAAAAUAUAUAUUUCUUUUGUUUGAACCCAGAAUAUAGCUUUAACAUUGGUCUUGGGGAACUGAAAAAUGUCAGUUGCCAUUUGCAGGGUUUGGAUUUUGGGGGCAGGGGGUCUUUCCCUCCAGGAGAAGUAAAAGAGGGGGAAGAAGUGAGAGACCACUGGACUUUCUUCUGAUGCAAAAAUAUUGAUUUGGGAGCCCUCAUGGGAAACCAGCAUUUUCAACCAUGAAUUUUGGAGCAGGCAUUUCUGAAAAAGAAGAAGUAGGUUUUCAUACAAUCUCUUGUGUGAACAGAUUGGGAUGGGAGUUGUGUUUGUCUCACAAGAGAAGGUUACAAGAUGCUUCCUCCUGUUGUCUUCAGAUCCAGUUCAAAUAUGUGUCUUGUCAGCUCAGGCUGCAAGAGUGUGGUCCAGUUCUGAAUGCAUCCAUGCCUUUCCUGGUUAUGUUCCAAAUUAGUCCCUGAAACUGCUGGCAUCCCAUGUGUGUUCAACAGGGCAUCGAUUCGGAUGUUACAGAAGAUGCCCAUGUCAUUGUGUGGCAUUAUUAAUGUACCAGCCCCUGCAUCGGGAGUGCCGGAGAGCUGCAACACUCCUUUUCAAGCAGGUCAUUUGCUCUUCCUGUCUCAAGUAGCAUGUCAUGGAAAGCAGCAAACCGAAAGCUUAGCUGUGUGUGUAGCUAUUACCCUGUUCCGUAGCUGUCCCACCCUGUGAAGUGGUGUCGGUGUGCUGCAGAGCCAGCGCAAGGCCCUGGCUAAAAGCAAUGUGAUGCGAGCUGCUUUUUUUUUGGUAGGUGGAGUGACCAGAUGUACUGGGUUUUUUAAGUGUUUUUGCACCCUCCUAUCACCUCGCCUCAUGUCCCUGCUCCCCCCAGCCACCCGCGAGGCUCAGCUUUGUAAAUACCAGAAGCGUUAAUCAAUGCAAACCGUCCCACAGUGACCCCCUUUUCCUGGGGAGCGCCUGGCUCUCACAGCAGACAUAGUGGGUGUUGAAGCCCAGAUUGGCAGCUCAGAGAGCCACGGCUGCAGAGAUGUGCAGAUGCCAAGGCCUGUGGCGUGUGGGUCAGACAGGCUUGGCACACAGGUCCUAGGUGGUGUCACAACAGCUCUGUCCACAAUGCUGCAUUAUCUGAUAGGAGCUUAUUUCUAUGCACUCAAAGCACUUUAGAUGCUUCCAGGUUAUGGGCUUUUAGCAAUCAUUCCAAAUGGCUUUUCAGUUAGAGGCUCAGCAUGUCCUUAAGAUGUGAGUCACAGUCUAAUGUCUCAGUUUCACACAGAAAAAUGAGAACAUCACAGAAAAUCUCCCCGGUUACUAUAACCCCCCGACACAAACAUAUGGCCUUGUGGUUCGGACUUUCCAAUGUAAAUGCAAGUCUCAGUGACUCCUAACUAGCCCUUGUAUGAGUCUGUAAUAGAUACAGGGUCUAGAAGAUGUACUGAGUGAGGGACAUAGAUGUAUUGAGUGUGUAUGGGAAAAAAAGUAUGGAGAGCGUGUGCGUCUGCAGAGGAAGCUGUUUCUGGUUGUUCAAGCUGCGGCCCAGCGGCAGAGAUAGGAUGUGCCAUCAGAGACAGGGGCCGUUCAUAAUAAAAAAGGGAAAUACACACCACCUGUAGCGUGUUGUAUGCAACAGCCACCAUGCAUGUUAGCACACAGAGACUCGUGUUGGCCAUCUGCUUUUUAGCAUGGUCUUGAGACAGUCAGAUUAGCCCAAGAGCAGUUCUGUGAACUUGUAAAACAUGCAUCGCCGCUGCUAACUCUGCUCUAAAAUUACUCUGUGUUGGUUUGCAAAUGUAACAGGAGGCUGGCAGGUCAUUCCUAUUGCUUCUCUGAGCCUGCUCUCCGCAUUACCAGCUCAACCAUGUAACAGAGGCUGCGGUUCAGAGUGCAUUGACCCCCAGGGAGGGGGAGCCUGCAGAUCAGUAAGCAGAUGAGAACUUAUCUGAGGUAAUAGUAAUAUUUUACUGAAGAGCAAAACCUACCUCUCUUUUUUGCCCAACUCUUGCUCGCUCUCUCUCGGGUUCUCACUACAAAGACGUUAGCAGAGUCUUGAACUAGGUCCAUCUAAGAUAGCUAUGACCCAGACCUCAGCCCUGCUGGUUAAUAGGGAACUGUGCUGGUUUCCAGGGACAGCUCCCACAAGACAUGCAGUCAGAGUAUUUUUGGGGAGAUCUGUACUACUCCAUACGGCCCAGACCCAGGUCUCUGCACCUGCAACCCUGGCAUAAUCUGCCAACAUUUGAAUGUCCCUGUACUACAGGCUCCUUGCAGGAUUGCCCGGAGUGCUGCCUUGUAACUUGAAGUCAGCUCUGAGGAAGCGUCCAGUUAUUGUAUCAAACCAAAGUACCGACAGGAGAGGUUUAGCAUGGAUGGGAUAGGCUUUUGCUUUAGCUGAGAAUUAUACAGGCUGGCCAGGGAAAGGAGAGCUCUCCGCUGGACUCACAGGGGGGUGUUUAACCUUGUGUUAGUUAAGCUCUUGCUGAGUGCUGCUGUGAAAUCCUCCAGCACGGCCUCAAAGUUGCCGUGCGGGCUGUCUGGACAGGCCACCAGAGGGUGACCUUGCUUCAUGCUCAUCAAGAUGCUGAGAUCUGUUGUUGGCAGUUCACAAGCCGUUAGAGACGGUGAGGGUAAGACUGGGGCUGGGCGGCUGCAAAGAUCUGAACCUUGGAGCAAUGCCUCUUGCAGCAUCGAAGUCCAGCUGCAUGGAGAAGGCAGCUCCCUCAGCCUCUGCCAGCUGAGCAGGGAAGGAUACUCCUGGAGGUUGCUUCUGCAUCAAAGGGGUUUAGCCGUAGCAGUUUGGAGCGCUGGCUUCCAGCUGUGCGGGGUGGUUUAUAUAGCUCCCUUGUUGCAAAGCCUGUUCUCCAAUGGGAAACCCGUGACAUGCUGGAUACAGCAUCAUAAGAUCAGUAAUUGCUUCCAUUCAGGCAACACUGUUAAUUCCGAGGACACCAGAGCAUUCAAUCAAUACUAGAUCAGCCUCCCCGUGCCAGCAAGGUAGGUAACUCUGUCCAGUUUAUAAGUGGGGAAACUGAGGCACAGACAGCUAAAUGACUUGCUGGAGCAGAACUUGGGGUGUCAUGGUUCCCAGCUCUGACCACUGUAAAACGCUGCCUCACCUAUUGUUAAAAAAGUUGGGAGCUCUCCAACUACACUGUGGUCCAUCUUAGCUUGGAUGCAGUCUCCGUCGCCAGGGAUGUGUUGAACAUACAUCUGUUCCAGUCAGAGUUUUGUGUCGCUGUGUCGCUGCUCGUGGUGUCACGUAGCUGUCAAAUUAGCCGGGUGGCUUUCUGCAGUCCUCUGUGGUUCAAGUGACAUGGCUGGUGAUUGUUCUCCAGACCCUCAAGUGCCUACGGAUGCGACCACACGCUCUAGCGUACAAUGUGACUGUGGUGCCUGUGAUUUUUUUGCUGCUCGUUGGAGACCCGUUGCCUUUCGCUCACUUUCCAGAUGCGUCAGCACCAUUGCCUUGUUCUGUGGGCUUUGAGUUUUGUGUCCGGGGCGGGGUUGGGGUGGGGGUAGGAAGGGAGGAAGCAGUGUUUUGGCUUCAGGACUGUGCUCGUGCUGUGGUCCCUGUGUUAUCCGUGUCAGCUAUCCUCGUGUGACGGGGUCGACCAUUCUGUGAUGCCGAAGAUGUCCCUCGGUGGGGCACGGCAGGUUUGUCGGCUGGCUCCUCGUGGCGGUCGUGUUCUCUGUUACACAAGUGGUGUUAUCCCAAUAAAGCAAAGUGUGCUUGAAUCCGUGUCCUGAGUACUUUUGUCUCGCUGUGGUUUUCCCCGCAGUUCUCCAGGAUCCGCUCCUAUGCCCAGAGCCUCCCCAGAGUCACUUGAACAGUUGGUGAAGAAGUCAGCUGGGCCUUGGGGGGAAAAACAGAGCUUGGAAGGAAAGGAUCAUUGCUGGUUUCUUCCCGAAACAUUUAGGUUUCAGCUUUUUUUUUUUUUUUUUUUGACCAAACACAAUGUUCGUUCAAAGCAGGGAGAAUAUCUUACCCUUUGAGUUUUUGAAAAUGGGGUGGAAAAAAGUCUGAUUUGAGCAAAAUGCCUGAAAGUUGCACAAGGG